AUGGUAAGCACCAGUCAAGCAAGUAAUUACAAGCAGGGCUAUUCCAGCCAGACUGUUGCAACACAACAAACUCGCACAGCUGAGUCGGAGGCUGCUUUUCUACUGCCGUACAUCAAAAAGACAGACUGCAUUCUCGAUGUCGGCUGCGGUCCUGGUACCAUUACCAUUGGCUUUGUCAAGUACGCCAGUGAAGGAAGGACGAUCGGCAUUGAUAUUUCUGCAAAUGUCUUAGUCAGGGCCAAGGCAAAGGCCAACGAGGCCAGCAUUCCCAGAGAGGGGCCGGGUUCCAUUGUCUUCGAGGAAGGCAAUAUCCUGGAAGGACUCACCUACUCGGACAAUACAUUCGACGUUAUAUUCUGCGCUCAUACCUUGGGGUAUAUGCCGCCGCCAGACAUGCCGCUUAAGGCCCUCACCGAGAUGCGACGAGUACUGAAGCCCGGGGGAAUCUUGGCCACACGCGAUACCGUCGAACAGCACUUUUACCCGCGCAGUGUGGACCUUGACCGUCUCUGGGUGGGGAAUUUCCGGCGAGCAGUGCUCAAAGGGGAUACUGAAGCAGAACUUUCACCCUCGAUGAUGCCGGCUUUGUUUCGUCGUGCGGGCUUUGAUGCUGACGGGGCCAAGGUUUGUAUCAGCACUGGAAGUACGGUGUUCUCGGGAGCAGACACUCGAGAGUGGCUAGCCAAGCGUGCUGAGAGCCAGUUACAGCCCGGCGACCCCUUACACCGGAGCUGGCUGGAGGCUGGCAUUACCGAAGACGAGAUACAUGAGACGCUGCUCGCCUCGAGGAAAUGGGCUGAGACAGAGGAUGCUUGGUAUGCGGCAUUGCAGUGCGAGAUGCUCGCAUGGAAGUAG